UAUCAAUAAAAGUUUUCUCUUUUACUAAAGUUGGCGUAAAAUCGGGCACAAGAUUAUCAUUUCAAAUAAGUUGACGCCCUUUUUAUAUGUUGCUCUGUAAAUAAAAUAUGCCGCUGAUCCCACAACCAGUUUGAGAGUUGAGAAACGAAAAUGGAUUGGCAAUCCUUUUUAUGUGGCGGGUGUCCACCAAGCGUCUACUACAUCCCCAACUUUAUAACACCACAGGAAGAAUCUUUGAUUCUUUCAACGGUUGAAAAGACUCCCAAGCCACGUUGGACUCAACUGGCCCACAGGCGCCUUAUCAACUUUGGUGGCUUGCCACAUCCGAAAGGAAUGAUAGCCGAAGAAAUACCCUCGUGGCUGCUUACCUACGUCGAAAGAGUGAACCAGCUUAACGGGGUCUUUGAGGAAAAUCGGAAGGCAAAUCACGUUCUUGUUAACGAGUACCUUCCCGGCGAAGGAAUCAUGCCCCAUUUGGAUGGCCCGCUGUUCUAUCCUACGAUUACGACGCUUUCGUGCGGAUCGCACACCGUGUUGGAGUUCCAGGAACCACGCGAAAGCGACGAUGUUGAGGGGAAGUUGGAACGCCGUCUGGUUACGAAAAUACUUGUUCAACCAAGAAGUUUGCUGAUUUUGAAGGAUUCAAUGUACGAAAAAUACUUGCACUCGAUUGACGAAAUCAACGAGGAUACGAUUGAUGAUGAAAUUGCAAACUUAUCGAGCUCGAUCAAAAAAGGAGACGUCCUCGCCCGGGCAAAACGUAUUUCACUGACCAUCAGACACGUCCCUAAAACCUCUAAAAUGAAAAUUAAACUGUUCUAGCUUAUGCUGUGAUACUUCAAUAAAACUUUGAGUUGUAUUUAA